AUGGUUGUGAAGAGGAGUAGCCAGACACAGAAGAAAAUCCUGGGGGACCAGAAGCGACGGUCAGGUGUAAGAAAUCCCAGUGGGAAGACGCCUGGAUCGAGGUAUUCAGUUUUGGACCAAGUGAAUGAAGUGAAUGAAGAGGAUGAAGAACGCAAAGUGCGUUCCUCACUGAUACCAUUCCGGGACUGGGUGGUUCUAGCACAGGACAACACAAUCCCCUUUGUUGACGAGGAGGACGAUUUGCCCACCCCCCCAACUACUCCCUCGCCGGCCCUCGCUCGUCAAAGUUCCUUUUUUUUUUUUCUUACUCGAAACACCUGUUGCCAUCACCGUUCCCCUACCCCCAUUCCUGACGAUCCCUCAUCCGAUUCAUCUUCUACUGCCCCUUCAGACACCACAAUCACCCUGUCCAACGUAAACGCCAUCCGCGAGAUGUCGUCCAAACAGACAGCUGAGCAGGAUACGUUCACAGACUCACCCAUGGCUGGAGACAAGGGCUCCGCGCUUCAGCCUGACACCACCGAUCCAUUCGUACAGAAAUCGAAGCCUAGGUUCUCCGCGAGCCACGAAGACAAGCCCCUUUUGAACCCGUCCAGAUUCGACCGUAAUAAAGGUAUCAAGAACCGUUCCCCUAUUAAUGUCAUACACCAUAGAGAUCCAGCUAACUAUCUAACAGAGAACGUUCGUGACAGACCCAUGGCUCAAGAGACGCAAGAGCUCAGACUUCUGAGUUCCAACAGCUCAACCCGUAUCCCUCGGGGUGUUCCUCAGAAGCCUAGCCAAGGAGCUCAAUCUGCUUCUCUUAGAGGAGUCAGGGCCGCACCUGACAUCCGCAGUUCAAUCCCGCUUCCUAUUACUCUCCGCAGGCAUAGUGUGGAAGCUAUGGGUAGCCCUCGUGUUACUCCUAGUGGAAGCUUCGCCGGCGGAAUCCGCGUGGUAGACAAGCCCAAUGGGCCUCGUCCCAAGCCUUCUUCGGACGAACAGCUUGCUGUUCCCGACCAGGAGAGCGCCACCAACGAAGAAAAAGGAAAGGAUCGUAAGAGCUGUUCUUCAUCCUCUAUCAGUGACUGGGAUUUUGGCGACGAUGACGCUGCUCAACGCCCUCAGAAUGUUUUUACUGGCGAAUAUCGCACACGUAUGUUGCAUAAACCUGGAGAGAGAUUCUACGGUCCCAAGCUAAGAAUUGCUCGCUCAGCCGAGAAAUUGAUCAUGGGUCCAGAUAGCCCUGGCAGUACUUUUGCUGUCACCCAGAGGUCUAACCCUGCAUUGGUCCACUACCCGGACACUCCUACACGGUUCUCGGGAAAACGGCGUGUCGAUACAGGAAGUUCCUCCAGUCCUAUCCUCGGGCCCUCAUCUUCAAACAAAAAGGACAGCAAUUCAGCGGAGAGUACUCCACUUGCUCGAAACUAUUGCCGAUCUGCUAUAUCUCUGGAAUCCAUUCCAAGAAAAGACUCCGGCCGUGAUCGCGCGAUCCAGCGUAAGCCUGUCAAUAGCCCUAGUCUCUCCAGCCUCUAUUCCCCGUCGGGCCAGGACGAGCAUGAGCCGUUGGUUCCAAGGGUCCCUGAGAAGUACAGCAUUCACCUGAAAGGCAGCAAAUCAGCUAGCCCGGUGACUCCCGUCAAGAGUACCUCCCAGUCGGGUGAAGGCUCCGUGCCCAAGAACUACCCAACCCCAAACACCGCUGGUAGCCCGGAGUCCCUCAGAUCCUUCCCCCCUCGAACGUCGUCUCGCGAUCAAGCAUCGCAAAGAACCAUGCAGUCUGGACCAGGCCCAGCAAUUGUGUCUGCCCACGUUUCCGAUCAGUCUGAAAAACAAAACAGCAAUGUCGCGCCUCAGAAUCUCUCCAAGGAGCCGACUACCCAGGCUGAGCAGCUGGCUAGACUUCCUGACUCGAAGAGUACCCGUAUGCUCGAUAGCUUCCGCAACAUCUUCAAGCAUAAGAACGCUGUCGAUAAAAGCCGUGGAAAAAAGGAAGAGCGUGAAACUCCGGAGCCCGAGGCUAGAGCUCAAACUCCGGUCACAGCUAUACGUCUCAGAAACGAGGAUAACAGAACUGGACCUGCGAAAGGAGUCUUCAUGUCCAGGGCUAGAUAUACCAGGCUUUCGGAUGGCGUCAGCUGGAACAAGACACCCCGGAGCCCCAAGUCAUCUGAUGAACAACAUCCUUCUGCACGCCAGUCUACUUCGAUCUCGCCGCCCGCCGCGCCUGUGGUGCAACAUGUCGAAGACACUCCAUCCUUUGCUCGUCCGACGAAGUCGACCCGUACCAAGGCCGCUCCCGUUAGAGGACAGAGUGUCGGCGGCUCAGAUGUUCGGGUUCGCAAGGGCCAUAUCAUGAUUGCGCCCACGGGAAGUCCCCAGCGCCCCAGUCGUUACAGAACUCCUCAUGCCGGCCUGUCUUCUGGCCACAAGAAUAUAAUCAACCUGCCGCGCUCUAUCGGGUCAGUUAGAUCCAAUCUCAGCUCGACACCUGGGAAAAGUCUUGCAACCGCGAACGAUACUUCGGACAUCACGAAGACCUUGGACGAGAUCCACGCCUGUAUCGAGACUCUCUGUAAGAGGGCCACUGACGAGAACGCCCGUUCCAAGAGAGAAGGGUACAUCCGGAUGGCUCUCUCACUGCAAUACCAAUACAGCAACUACAACAACAUCGGAAAGGAGGUGAUGGAGGCUGAAGAGCUGGCCAACAAGAAGCGUUCUGAAAAGUGUCUGGCAGAGAACGCCCUCUUUGAGCACUUCUCUCAGGUGAAAGCUCACCUCCACGAGGAAUAG